AUGAUUCACACAGCUCGAAAGAAACAAUUUGGGCUUUCCGCCCUCGCGCUUUUUGUGUUGCUGCUGUUCCUCCUUGUCUGCGUCACUCUUGGUUUACAUUGGUGGCGCGACACGUCGGGGCCGGCAUUGCAUCCGCCGCGGUCCAGGUUCGAUCCGCUAGCGCACUGCGCUACGCCCCACGGCACUUUACUCGGCUAUGCCCUCGACAUUCCCGCCUUCAGCAAUUGCCACCGGCGCUGGAAUUCGAAGUCGCAGGCGUUUGUCACACUUGAGCAUCCACACGACGUGCGGCAGGAGCCUUUUUUGUUGGGGACCCUGCGAUCCCGCAGCACCGGGGUCCGCUGGGUGGCGGCGGAGUUCAUUGCCCGCACCUACUAUCUGCACCGAGGCAUGUCCUUCAUCUAUGGGGCGCCAGAUGCCCCCGAGUACUGGUUGGCGCUUGAGUUCCACGGGCCCAUGGUGAGGGAACGGGAGUACGAAACUCUCGAGCUGCUGAACUCCGCGGAGGCCACGACGGCGAAGGAACGCAAGCGCCUUGCGCCACGGGUCUUUGACGUCGUUGUGUGGUCACCGAUGGAAGAACGCGACCUGCCCGAGGGCCACAUUGCCGUUGUGGUGCAGGUGGAGGAUGAUGUGGAGGCCGCGGGUGGGGAGGACCGACUCCGUGAGCUUCGGAAGUUGCGGCUGCAGCCCCGGUUGUUGUACAUUGCGGAGCAGAACUUUGACAACACGCACUGGGGAGGCAAAAACUACUCGCGCGUGCUGCGGUUCCAGUGGCGAAAUGGCAGGGAGGCGGUGCUGCAGGACCCCUUGGGCCUUCCGAUCAUCGGUCGAGUGCGCCCCGGGAGGCCGAAGCAAAAUACAGAUGUGGAAGACGAUCUCUGA